UCCUCCUGAAAAGCGGGCUCGCAUUUGAAACCCCGAAAAGCGCGCUCUUGCACCCCGACCGCCUAAAUCACAACCCGCGCCUCUAAAAAUGCCCCUCGAAGUCAAAACGGCCGAGUCUCGAGUCCUCACCUUGCCCGUCGGUUGGUAAAAUGGGCGAGGAACUUUCGAAUGAAGACUGUAAAAGCAACCUGAGUGUGCUAAACGAUACUUUGUACGUCUGUAAUAAUGACACGGUGCCCGAGAUCCUCAUCCAGCAGAACUUGAACGUUAUCCUGGUUUAUAGUGCGCUUUUUGUCGUCGCGGCUGUGGGAAAUUUGACGGUGUUUAUUUCGCUGUUCCGGUCGAGGCAUCGCAAGUCGAGGAUAAGUUUAAUGAUUCGCCAUCUUGCCAUUGCGGAUCUGAUUGUCACUUUUAUUAUGAUCCCGAUCGAGGUCGGAUGGAGAGUGACAGGUAAAUGGAUCGCGGGAAAUGUGGCAUGCAAAGUCUUCUUGUUCCUGCGAGCCUUUGGACCGUACCUAAGCAGCAACGUCCUUGUGUGCGUGUCCUUGGACAGAUACUUUGCGGUCCUCCACCCUCUCCGAGUCAACGACGCCAGAAGAAGAGGCAAGAUGAUGCUGGCCUUCGCAUGGGGCACGUCCUUCGUUUAUUGUAUACCGCAGAUCUUUGUGUUUCGAGUACGAGCGCAUCCUUCGUUCCCCAACUACGUACAAUGCGUCUCGUUCGGGUUCUUCACGUCGACGUCUCAAGAGAUCGCCUACAACUUAAUGUGUGUCAUGUGUAUGUACUUCAUCCCGUUGUUCGUCAUCAUUGUCGCCUACACGGCCAUCAUGUGCGAGAUUUCGAAGAACUCGCAGGAAACGAGGGGGGAGUCAUAUCGCACUUCGAAUGGACGCAUGAGGCUGCGGAGGUCGGAUAUCAGCAAUAUAGAGAGGGCGAGGAGCAGAACGUUGAGGAUGACUGUCACCAUCGUGGCGGUCUACGUGUGGUGCUGCACUCCCUACGUGAUCAUCACAAUGUGGUACAUGUUCGAUCGAGAUAGCGCCCAGAAGCUGCCGUCGUGGCUCCAAGACACAUUUUUCAUGAUGGUGGUUUCCAACAGCUGCAUGAACCCCAUAGUUUAUGGAAGUUUUGUGAUAAACUUCCGGCGAGUGAACUGCAAGUGCCUGUGCUUCGGAAAGUCCAGCAGCGAAAACAACCUCAACAAUGGAGAGGCGCAGGCGGCGGCAGCCGGGCGGGGGAGGAGUUUAGCGCGUGGAGUUAUAAAAUGUGUCCUGAGGUUUCGAAAAGUGGGGUCCGGAGCCACCAGAAGCACAGGAAUGGUCCACGGCGUGGGCGUCAACGGCAGCGCUCGUUCCCAAGCUCCCAAGGGUAAUUCAAACCUGACAGGAUUGCUUGUCAAGGGCCGGCUCCCCAAUAAGCCCCCCAGCGUGGGCCAUAUUUCGUUCCUCAGCGAGCCCCGCAACGGCCGCAACUACCGCUCGAGCUUCCACAGCGAGCCCUGCACCCGGCCCAGGAUGUGCCCCGACGAGCUCUGCCUGGACACGUCCUGCCACAGCGCCGACUAUUACGGCUCUGCAGUUUUAUAGGGGCAGGAGAUGUCACCCAAGUGUGACAUCAAGAUGGGCAUCAACGGAGCUGUCGCUUUCUAUAACUUCGAGCCGGCGAGAUCGAGGAAUAUUUAGUGUUUGGAGGACGCGUUGGGGACUCAGAGGUGGACCAGGGAGUACAUGUGUUGAGUGCGACGGAGCGGCUUUUAUACAGGGUGUAGCGAAUGUACAUAGAUCUUUUUUAUUUUUGUACUGGGUGUUGGUAGCGUGUAGGAAUUUUCGAAAGGAGGGCGUGCCUAUUUGCAUUUUCUUCUUCAGGCUGGUGCUUAUCAUUAUUUGACUUAACUCAGGCUGCUGAUUCUGUGACAUCGAUUAACUCAAGAUUCGGGGUAGAGGUUAGUUCUUUUGCGAGGGUGUUGUACAUAUUCGUGUUAAUAAUAUUAUCUGUGAUUCAUUUUCACCGUAAGAUAUUUAACAG